AUGCUACACCGGAGAAGAGUUUCAAGUCGAUCCGAACCGGUGACCACCGCCCCAACAGCGCAUGGCAAUGGUCGUUCCUCGCCGACCGGUCUCGCUCGCCUCUUCGGGGGCCCCUCAUCAUCCAACUCGCGGAACGUCGGCGGCAAGGCCGAUCGGACCCUCACGCCUUUACGACGGCUCGUCUACAUUAUUAUUGGCCUAGUCGCCAUGUUCAUGAUCCUACACUACGCGUCGAGCAAUUCUUCGACGAGGAGCCGAUUCGGGAUGCGAGGAUCGAGGAGAACGGAUGCGCUCGUGCGACAAGCUCGGAAGCAGCGUGCCUCGGCAGCAGUGUACAACGCAGAAGGGGGGAGUGCACCGGCAAACUUUUCCGAAGCACCUCCCUUCACGUUCUGCCCGAGUUAUGGAUCGAGCGACGAGUUGGGCAACAAGUACGGGAGGGAAGCGAUCUCCAAGACGAGGUCUCAUGUAGGUAGCUCGGCGAGGGUGCAGAGGGUCAUCAAGAGGGCCAUGGCCGGUCUUCCCAUCACAAUCGGUGUUUUGGGUGGCUCGAUCAGUUCGUGCCAUGGUCUCGACGCAUCACCAGCGCACCCACUAGGCAAUCCGAUCGGUCCGAACUGCUACCCGCACCGGAUUUUCAGCUGGCUCAACGACGUCUUUCCCCAUCCCGCGAACGAGUUGACCAACGGUGCAUGUGAGUUGGCACAUGAAUUGGGACGUGCCGAGGCGAAAACCUGACCUUAUUCUUUUUACUUCCCAGUACGGCGAACAGGGACGUCCUACUAUGGAUUCUGCUCGGACAUGCACUUGCCCGAUCGUGUGGAUCUCAUCAUUGUCGAAUUCGAUACCGAGGAUCCGCAGUGAGUACCAUCAUGGACCUAUAGUGGAGGGUGUGGAGGGCCGUGCUAAUUUUCUGGUCACAAUUCCUACAGUGACCUGACCUCCCUCUCGACGACCGAUCUGCUGAUCCGGUCGCUCCUACUCCGACCCGACCACCCUGCCGUGAUCAUGCUCGGGCAUUUCGCUCCCCAGAUCCAAGGCGAAUACGGUUUCGCCGGUCCUGAAAUCUACCACACCACUGUAGCACAGUUUUACGACGUCGUGCACCUAACCAUCAAAGGCCUCAUCUACGAAGAGUACCUCCUCAACCCGCAAAAAGUGCGCUCGACCUACUUUCUCGAUCCGAUUCUUGCCAACGCCAAGGGGCACGAACUUUUGGCCGAUACGGUCAUUUCCUUCUUGGAGGCUCAGGUGUGCCAGCUUUGGGACCAAGUCGCUCUACAAGCCGAUAUCGCCGCUUUGGGAGGGUCGACGACGAUCGUUUCCCCUUUGAACGUCGGCGAGGAUUUCCCCUCCCUGCUUUCAGGUAAAGGGUUGAGGAAAUCUGACAACGUGUUUGAAGAGGCCGACUCAUCGAACUCGCCUGAUACGGGCAAAGGAUCGCGGUCUUCGCAUUCCAAGAUCCCACCUUUCCGAAUCGGGGAUCGACCGCACACCCUGGCUCGGUUCCGCGAGAUCAAGCCCAACUGCGCUUCAGCGAACGACUUGAUCAACCCUCUCCCUCCUUCUGUUUUCGCCGGUUCGGGAUGGUCUCCCGUCGUUCCCAAACUUGAAGAGGAGGAUGAAACGCAUUAUUGGUAUACCGAUGCGCCUGGGUCGUUGCUCAAGAUUCCGAUCAAGUGUGGAGCAGGCGAUAUCGCGGUGUACUACUACAAGGGACCGGCGGCGCAAGGCUGGGGAAACGUGUUGUGCUGGGUGGAUGAUAACACCGCUGGUGCGGUCGAGUUGAAGGGAAGUUGGGAUCGAGACUACGGGCAACCGACGUGAGUGGCUCCUUUCCAUUUAUUGCGGUCGUAUCGUGACACACGCUGAAGGUGUCGAUCUUCGUUGCUGCCGUCAGGGUCACUCAAAUUGAUCAAGCCGUUACCAAAGGCUCCCAUUUCGUCGUUUGCGAACUGCAAGGUAAGACUUUUCCGGAUUCCCUUCUGCCUCGACCCCCAUAAAUACUGACCACCGCGGGCGUAACCUCGUCUCUUACACUCAGGGCAACCCGGAGUUGAUCACGCCCAGUUCAAACUCUUUGGCAUCUUUUCGACUUGA